AUGUCCGUAAGAGAUAACGGUUCAAUACCAACUUCUCCUAAAACGCCGCUUACUCGAAUACUCUUCUCAUCCACUCAAUACUCCGACCCAGAUGUAGACCCUACUCAUAUAUCAGAGAUAGCUGAAGAUGGCAUGGUUGCUUUACGUUUAGUUGAAGGUGAUAACAUGGGUAGAUAUACCUUUCUUGACCCAGAGUCAAUAGCAGCAGCUCCUUCGAGUAGGGCGACUUCAGCAGGUCUUUUGCCUAAGCAAAUUAUUCGCGUAGAGAGGGAUUAUUCCAAGGGAGAGUUAUGUCAGUUUAAUCUGACAUUCCCAGACAAGAUAAAUGGGCGAGUGAGUAGUCGGUGUUAUAACGAUAUUGCGAUGUUUAUCAACUACACAUACGGCAAUCAGUGGCCAUAUUGGUAG